ACAAAUGUUAAUGUUUUUGUUACAAAAAUCCGAAUUAAUAAAAUUAUUCAUGAUGAAAUAUGUUAAAUUAUUAACUAUUUUUGCUAUUAUAAAACAUUUGAUAUGAAAUUGUAUUACCUUUUUAUAUUUAAAAGAUGUUUAAGUUUAAUUUUAAUAAUAAAGUGUCAAAAUGCUCAAAUUUGGAUAAAGAAAAACAAGAACUGCUAGAAGCUGAGGAAUUACCAUUUCUUAGUCUUAAUACUGAAGAAGUUCCAUUCAGCAUUUUAACAGUCGAGAACUACAUAUUUAAAUAUGCAUUAGAGAAAAAUGAUACAUAUAAUUCUGAUCUUGUUCCUGGCGUCUAUGAAGGUGGAUAUAAACUAUGGGAAUGUUCUGUUGACAUUUUAAAAUAUUUAUGUAAAAAUGUUCAUAUUUUAAAAGAGAAGUCAGUUUUAGAUUUAGGGUGUGGUCAUGGUCUCCUAGGUAUUUUAGCUCUAAUUUCUGGUGCCAGGAAAGUAGAUUUCCAAGAUUAUAAUAAAGAAGUUUUAGUUAACAUUACUAUGAAUAAUAUUAUUCUUAAUAAUAUCAAAAAUGUAACAAAAUGCAAGUUUUUUUGUGGUGAUUGGGAAUCUUAUAAUUCUUUAAAUGAAGAUAAAUAUGAUCUUAUCCUUACUUCUGAAACCAUAUACAAUGUUAAUUCAUAUGAUAAGUUAAUAAAACUGUUUAAAAAUAAGUUAAAACCCACUGGAUUUAUUUUGUUAAUAGCUAAAAACUACUAUUUUGGUGUUGGUGGUUCUAUAAAUGAGUUUUUAAAUGUUUUAGAGUCUUUCAAAUAUCAUGUUGAAACAAUUUGGUCAAGUAUUGAUGGUGUUAAAAAAACAUUGUUAAAAAUAUAUAUGUAAAUAAUAUAUGCACUCAAUAUAUAAAUGAUAGAUACAUAUAUAAUAGAUUAUCAUCUUAUUAUUUUUAAUAAUUGUAUUUUGAAAAAUAAAAUACUUUCUACAUAUUUUUACUUAUUUAAUAUAUCCAACAACUCUUCAAAAUAACUAAGAGAAAAAUUGCCCCCCAAAAAUGUAAAACAUUAAAUGUGUGACAAUAUAAUGUCACCAUAGCACACCUUUUAUCUACACUUAAUAUAUAUUAUUUUAGGAUAUGAAAAAUUAAUUUCGCCAUCACAAAAAUUAUAUUCUAGAUACUCUUAAAACAUUUAUAUCUGUCAAAAAAUAAUAAAAAUUCAAUAAAAAAAAGUAAUUAUAUACAACAAUUUUAGUAAUAUAACCAAAGUUUUCAUAACAUAAAUAGAAAAAAUGUAUUAUUCAUUUCUUCAACAAUCCAUGAUAUGUAUAAUCAUACUCGGGCAGCAUAAUUAUUUGUGUUAGUGUCAUAAAAUUUAAAAUAUUCACAAUAUGUAUUGUAAAAUAUUUAAUUUUUGCUAAGUAUUUCUAAUUAUAUUAUAAAUUACAAAACCACCAAAUACUUAUUCAUGAAAAAUUAAUUUUUUCAUUUAAGUGAUAUUAGGAAAAAUGUACAUCCCUCAAUAUUCUAGAUUUUGAAAACUGUAUAAAUUGUAUAAUGUAGAUUUAGUAAUAAUUUUUUUUUAUUAGAUAAGGGUUUAAAAAAUUGUUCCUUGGAUAUUCAGGAAAUAUUUUGCCUAAGUAUGUUAAUAAUAAUUAUUAUACUAACUCGAAUCGUUAUUUAUUUAAUAAACAUUUUCAUACACAAAUAUACAAAUGUAUAAUACACCAAUAUGAUUUUAAAUUGUAAAUUGAACGUUUUGUAAAAAACCACUAUGGUCUACUUUAGAUGGUAUAAAAUAAAAUGCUGGUGAUACUUUAGCACCACACUGACAUUGACAACCCAUAGUCCAACUAUAGGACCCAAGUUUAGAAUGACAUUUAGGGCAGUUGAUUUUACCAUUUGCAGACUGAGUUACAGACAUCCAAGACAAAGGUUCAACAAAGUAAGUAGAAGAACAUAAUUGAGAUUCUAAGAAAUUUGUAGACAACUUUGAAUCUUUCCAUGAAAGUUUUUCAUUUGCAAAAUGUGGUAAUAGAUUUGAUUGUAAUGCUAGUAUUCUUCUACAAAUAAAA